CAAUUUUGCCCCUGUCUUCCUUUUCACGCUGACCAGUGCUAAUAUAAAUCCUUCGCCAUUCGCCGGUGAAAGAGUAUCGGAGGGCUCUGAAGAAACCAAAAUCUCAUAAAAGAAAGUUGAGAGAACGAAUGGGUCCCGAUGGAAGGAAACUCAGCAUAGAUUUGAACAGUGAAUUUGGUGUUCCUAAGACCAUUUCAGAUUGUCUGGCGGAGGUGUCGGCGACCGGCGAUGUUUCCUUAAAAUUGUCGAAGCUCAGCUGCUUUCUCCACGCUUUAGAAGAGGAAUUGAGGAAGAUCGAUGCGUUUAGACGUGAACUCCCUCUCUCCAUGCAGAUUAUCAAUUUGGCGAUCGAGAAAGUUAAGGAGGAAGUUUUGCAGGUGAAGAGGAAGGAAAAAGGGCCAGUUAUGGAGGAGUUUCUGCCGUUGAAAGGCGAUUCUGAUGAGGAGGGAAGAGGGGCAAAACGGUCAAAUGAUGAAAGUGAUAAGAAGAAUUGGAUGAACUCUGCUACUCUCUGGAACAACCCUGUCGAGUUUAAGCACCGAAAUUCUGUUGAGGACGAAGAUGUCCAGUUCCGAUCAGGGGAGUUUAAGAAUGAAGGAGGGGCGUUUCAGCCGUACAAGAGAAUAGCGGCGGCGGUGAAGGUGGAAGAGGCGGCGGAGAAGGCGGCUUUACCAAUUAAUGGGUUACCGGUUGCGUGUGAGAGAGGCAGAGUCUCCAUUGAUUUGCAUCUCAAAAGCGGCGGCGGUGGCGGCGGCGGCAGCAGAAAUGGGCCACCUCAGGGCAAGAAACAACGGCGGUGCUGGUCGCCGGAGCUUCACCAGAGAUUCAUAGAUGCUCUCGAUAAACUCGGCGGAGCACAAGUCGCCACGCCGAAGCAGAUCAUUGAUAUAAUGCGAGUUGACGGCCUUACCAAUGACGAAGUCAAAAGCCAUCUUCAGAAAUACAGACUCCAUGUUCGAAGGCUUCCAUCACAUCCACCACCACCAUUCAGCUCAGCAGAACAGAGAAGCGAUGCUUUGAAGGUGGCCAAAAUGGCGGCCCAGUCUGGGUCGCCGGAAGGGCCUCUUCACUUGAGCGGUUCUGGAAAAGAAAUCUCCAUGACUCUUACUAACAUCCCGGAAGAAGAAGAAGAGGACGAGAUAUCUGAGAGUAGUUGGAAGAAGCAAGGACAUAUUGUGUAGGCUAUAUAUAUUCAUAUAUAUGAUGUUUGCAGAGAGGGGGAACAUAGGGAAACCAGACAUGAAUUAAGGUUUCAGAGCAUAGAGUGGAAAGUUGUAGUGAUAGGUACUAAUUGUGUUUUUUUGGCUCGCGGAGGGAAGUUGUAGGUAGUGAAGGGAAAUCAAACUUUCUGAUUAGAGUAUGUUAUAGUUUUUACAUUAUAUUGACCCCUCUGCUUUCGGUAAGCAAUUUAAUAUCUCUUCAAUUUUCAUGAAUCAA